UGUUCAGGUAUAAUGAAAUGCACCAGCAGGUGGCGGUAGUGUUCCAUUAUUUUAUCCAGGCGGAACUCUUUAGGCCCAGUUUCAGGUUUCUGACGAACAUUUUACGGAGCCGUGCCAGCACAGGAGCGAGAACAGAAGCUUUGGCAGGGUUCACCUUCCAGCUGCAGAACCAUGAAUGUGAACCAAGGGACGGUGGGCAGCGACCCGGUCAUCCUGGCCACGGCCGGAUACGACCACACGGUCCGGUUCUGGCAGGCCCACAGCGGGAUCUGCACCCGGACGGUCCAGCACCAGGACUCCCAGGUGAAUUCUCUGGAGGUCACACCUGACCGCAGCAUGAUAGCUGCUGCAGGCUAUCAGCACAUCCGCAUGUAUGACCUGAACUCUAACAAUCCGAACCCGGUCAUCAACUACGACGGCGUCAGCAAGAACAUCACGUCUGUGGGUUUCCAUGAGGACGGGCGCUGGAUGUACACGGGAGGAGAGGACUGCAUGGCUCGCAUCUGGGACCUCAGGUCCAGGAACCUGCAGUGCCAGAGGAUCUUCCAGGUCAACGCUCCCAUUAACUGUGUGUGUCUACAUCCCAACCAGGCUGAGCUGAUAGUCGGAGACCAGAGCGGCGUCAUUCACGUCUGGGACCUGAAAACGGAUCACAAUGAGCAGUUGAUUCCAGAACCUGAGGUUUCCGUCAACUCGGUCCACAUCGACCCAGAUGCCAGCUACAUGGCUGCAGUCAACAGCUCGGUCAGUCAGGCAGCACAGAGCACGAGCCGGCAGGGCCGUCACUGGGUUUUAAGGACGAUGGGGGUUUAGGCCCCCAGCGAGCGAGAACAAAAUGGCUCAAACUGCAACAAAACCGAAAGAUGCUUUCCAUUUUUAAAAUAGAAAACUCUCCUACUACAAAAUAUGACUGUAAACAGUUCAUAAAUAUAACAUAAAAUUAUUUCCUAGCAAACAUUGCUCAGAUAAUAAUAAUUCUCUGCAGCUAAAAUUAUUAGGUUCCUUUAGAAAAACUUCAGUGCAAACUUUCAUGCCUGUGUCAUCUUCUGAGUAGUUAGUCAUGUUUCAUACCAAGCCACUGACUAUUAUACGAGUAAUUAAAGGGGAGCUGACAAAUUUCAUUUAAUUUAAUUUCAGUUUAUUUGAUUGGGACAGACACACAUUGACAUCACGUCAUAAUGCUUAUAGCAAAAGCUAAUCCGUAGCACUUGUUUUAAACAGUACAUCUAAAAACUAGUAGAAAGUGAAAUAAUAAUCAUUU